AUGGAGGGCGCAGGGCCCCGGGGGGCCGGGCCGGCGCGGCGCCGGGGAGCCGGGGGGCCGCCGCCGCCGCCGCCGCCGCCGCUGCCGCCGCUGCUGCUGCUGCUCUGGCUGCUGCCCGGCGCCGCGGGGCCGCAGGAGCUGAGCCCGCGCGGCCGCAACGUGUGCCGCGCGCCCGGCUCCCAGGAGCUCACGUGCUGCGCCGGCUGGAGGCAACAGGGGGAUGAGUGCGGGAUCGCUGUGUGCGAAGGCAACUCCACGUGCUCGGAGAACGAGGUGUGCGUGCGGCCGGGCGAGUGCCGCUGCCGCCAUGGCUACUUCGGUGCCAACUGCGACACCAAGUGCCCGCGCCAGUUCUGGGGUCCCGACUGCAAGGAGCUGUGUGUCUGCCACCCGCACGGGCAGUGCGAGGACGUGACGGGCCAGUGCACGUGUCACGCGCGGCGCUGGGGCGCACGUUGCGAGCAUGCGUGCCAGUGCCAGCACGGCGCGUGCCACCCGCGGAGCGGCGCGUGUCGCUGCGAACCCGGCUGGUGGGGCCCACAGUGCGCCAGCGCGUGCUACUGCAGUGCCACGUCGCGCUGCGACCCACAGACGGGCGCGUGCCUGUGCCACGCAGGCUGGUGGGGCCGCAGCUGCAACAACCAGUGCGCCUGCAACACGUCGCCGUGCGAGCAGCAGAGCGGCCGCUGCCAGUGCCGCGAGCGCACGUUCGGCGCGCGCUGCGAGCGCUACUGCCAGUGCUUCCGCGGCCGCUGCCACCCGGUGGACGGCACGUGCGCGUGCGAGCCCGGCUACCGGGGCAAGUACUGCCGCGAGCCGUGCCCUGCCGGCUUCUACGGCCUGGGCUGCCGCCGCCGAUGCGGCCAGUGCAAGGGCCAGCAGCCGUGCACGGUGGCCGAGGGCCGCUGCCUGACGUGCGAGCCCGGCUGGAACGGUACCAAGUGCGACCAGCCCUGUACCGCCGGCUUCUACGGCGAGGGCUGCGGCCACCGCUGCCCGCCGUGUCGCGACGGGCAUGCCUGCAACCACGUCACCGGCAAGUGCACGCGCUGCAACGCGGGCUGGAUCGGGGACAGGUGUGAGACCAAGUGCAGCAAUGGCACCUACGGCGAGGACUGUGCGUUCGUGUGCGCCGACUGCGGCAGCGGCCACUGCGACUUCCAGUCGGGACGCUGCCUGUGCAGCCCCGGCGUCCACGGGCCGCACUGUAACCUGACGUGCCCGCCCGGGCUCCACGGCGUGGACUGCGCCCAGGCCUGCAGCUGCCACGAGGACUCGUGCGACCCGGUCACCGGUGCCUGCCGCCUGGAGACCAACCAGCGCAAGGGCGUGAUGGGCGCGGGCGCGCUGCUCGCGCUGCUCCUCGGCCUGCUGCUCUCGCUGCUCGGCUGCUGCUGCGCCUGCCGCGGCAAGGACCCGGCGCGCGGGCCCCGCCCCCGCAGGGAACUCUCGCUUGGGAGGAAGAAGGCGCCGCAGCGCCUGUGCGGGCGCUUCAGCCGCAUCAGCAUGAAGCUGCCCCGGAUCCCGCUCCGCAGGCAGAAACUGCCCAAGGUCGUAGUGGCCCAUCACGACCUGGAUAACACGCUCAACUGCAGCUUCCUGGAGCCGCCCUCGGGGCUGGAACAGCCCUCGCCAUCCUGGUCCUCCCGGGCCUCCUUCUCCUCCUUCGACACCACAGAUGAAGGCCCCGUGUACUGCGUACCGCACGAGGAGGCGGCGACCGAGAGCCGGGACGCGGAGGCCCCCCCCGCCCCCGCCCCUGCCGAGGCGCCGGCGCCGUGCCCCGCGCCGGGGACCACUCCCGCGGAGGAGGCCACGCCCCUCCCCGCGUCCUCCGACAGCGAGCGGUCGGCGUCGAGCGGGGACGGGCCCGGUGGGGCGCUGUAUGCGCGCGUGGCCCGGCGCGAGGCCCGGCCGGCCCGGGGCCGGGGCGAGGCUCGAGGCCUGUCGCUUUCGCCAUCGCCCGAGCGCAGGAAGCCACCGCCACCCGACCCCUCCACCAAGCCCAAGGUGUCCUGGAUCCACGGCAGGCACAGCGCCGCCGCCGCCGCCGCCCGUGCGCCCUCGCCACCCCCCGCGGGCCCCGAGGCCGCUCCCAGCCCCAGCAAGAGGGAACGGACGCCCAGCGACACGUCGGCGCGGCCUCCGGGGCAGGCCGAGGAGGGGCCGGGCCUUGCCGCCCCCUCGCCGCCCCGGGCUCGGGCGCGGGGCCGCGGCCCGGGCCUCCCAGAGCCCACGGACGCUGGCGGUCCCCCGCGCAACGCGCCCGAGGCCGCCUCCAUGCUGGCGGCCGAGCUGCGUGACAAGACUCGCAGCCUGGGCCGCGCCGAGGGGGCCCUGGGCACGCAGGGCUUCCGAGAGAAGCCGGCACCGCCGCAGAAGGCGAAGCGCUCCGUGCUUCCUGCCUCGCCGGCCCGCGCGCCCCCGGGGCCCGAGAGCCCAGGGCCCGAGAAGGCAGCAGCGGGCGCGCCCGGAUCCGACACCCCUCGAAAGAAGACCCCCAUCCAGAAGCCGCCUCGCAAGAAGAGCCGGGAGGUGGCGGGGGAGCCGCGCCGGGUAGGGGCGCCCACCCUGUAGCUGGGAGGCCGGGCCAUGCCUGCAGCUUCCUGGGCUUAGCAGCGCUGCUUUGCCGCCCCGCGUCCCGCGCGCGCCCGGGGCCUCCCGCCGGGGGGCCCAGCCGCGGGCAGCCCCGUGGGAGGCUGCGUCUCACGGGCUCAGGCCCAGCGGCCCUCCUAGAUGGGGCCCUCUCGCAGUGGCCAAGGCCCGAAAGACGCUUUGCUGGCCCCUCCCUUGCCACGGCCUCGCUGUGGAGGGCUCCCACCGCCCGGGUCUCAGAGGCCGAGGGCAGGAGGGCUCUGCCUCGAGAACACCUCUCACUGGCCAAGAGAGCCUUGGCUGGGCCCACCUUCGCACUGGCCGAGGCCAGAAGCACUUCCGCCCCGGCAGCCGCUCUCUGGCCAGGGCCUGGCGCCUCUGGCUGGAGGUUCCCUUCCGUGACCCUAGCCAGAGGCUCCUUCCACUGGCUGAGCCCCAGGGCAUCUGGUUGACCGGAGCCUGGGGAGGAGGGCUGGUCUCUGCUCCUCAGGGGGCUUGCCCGCUCCCCGCCCCCACCCACGCUCUCCCAGCCCCAGCCUCUGCGGCCCUGGCCCCUCCGCUGUCGAGCUGGUUUUGAUGGCCUCCCGCCCCCCCACGUGCCUGGGAACCUGAGGGGCGACGCCAGUGGCCUGAGGAGAUGUAUUUAUAGGCCGCCAGGGGGGCUGCUCCCACCCCAUCUGGGUGCCCCAGGAUGGGCUCCUCCCGGCAGGGGCUUGGCCAAAGCUUUCUUAAUAAAGUGCCUCUUCUC